GGAAGAAGGGAAGAGAGGCCGAGAGCUACAAACUGUUAGCUAACCUGGACACUCAGAAAUCCCCUUAUUGUGUCUCUUUGGUGGGAAAUAUAGAGUUGUAUGUUUAGAGAAGAACCAAACCUGGCAUUAUAAACGCGUUAUACUUGUAUUGGUGCUCAGAGGGAUGACUAAAGGUGAUGUUUCGACUGCUAAUGCAAGCUAACACUAGCUAAGCUAACUAGCUAAGCUAUCGUGCAGGAGCGACCCUUCAUAAACGUGUUGUUUAUCAGGACAAAUGCCAACAUCUCUGGGUGUUUUUAUCGGGUAAUACAAGCAGAAGUCACCGGCAUCAAAUGAAAGGAGGUGGAAGUGGAACUUGACCCAUUCAACUGAGUCACCAUUUUCCUGCUCAUAAUGGGUGUGAUGGCUCCACUGUAUGCAUGACUUGUUCCGUGCGGCCUGAUGGGAGGACGCUGUGGAUAGUACUUUCAUCGGGAUACCAGGAGAGCCAACCCAUGCCCCCGCUGCGGAGGGCCUGUCAGAAUGAAGAAGAUAAGCCUUAAGACCAUCCGCAAGUCCCUCAGCAUAAAGGGCAAGGAGGAGGGCGACUUCGUCAUGCUCCAGCAGCCCUCGGUGACUACAGAGUUUUCUAAGGAAGAGUCACUUUUUGGGGGCUGCUACACCAAAGAGCUCUCCGGCUGUGACCUUGGCGGCGAGGAGGACAAAGGCGGUCAGAAUAAGGGCCGCACGAAGAGCGAGGGCCUGAUGGGAUCUCUGAAGAGGAGGCUGUCUGCGAAACAGAAGGCCAAAGUGAAAGGCAACUCCUCCGCCAUUGGGUCUGUGGACGACGAUGACGACACCUUCUCUUCCUCGUCUGCGCCCAUUGGAUUCAGCGAUGUGAAAGCCCAGAGACCCCUGAGAUCUGCGUCUCUGCGUAGCCACCAUUACAGCCCCUCGCCGUGGCCCCUGCGCUCAGUGAACUCUGAGGAGGCGUGCAUCAAGAUGGAGGUAAAAGUCAAAGCCAUGGUUCACUCUCCGAGCCCGAGUCCAAACCUAAACGGUGUCCGGAGAGAAUUUCAUGACUUUCAAAUGGAAGGGCUCUUUCCGGAUAGAGCUGAGUCCUUUAAGAACCUCCAGCAGCCUCAAAACGGGGAUCUGCAUCUGGAUAUUGAUGAAAAUGACGUGCCUGUGGUGCUGGGGUUGACUCCCCAGGACUACAUCCAGUACACGAUGCCUUUAGAUGAGGGAAUGUACCCCGAGGGGUCCCACUCCUUCUGCCUGGACAGCUCCUCUCCUAUGGAGGUGGUGACUGAAGCCAACGGUGCGUCCCUCCACGCGGACCACCAGGAGCAGGAGGAGCACGAUCUGGUGAGUGGGCUUCCUCCAGACCUCUUCAUGGAAACCUCAGUUAAUAGUCUUCUCAUCGGUUCUGCCGGUGUGAUGCUCCAAAGAGGAGAAGUGCCCCCUCCCCUCUCUCCACUCCUGCCGCCCAUGUUAAAUAAUGUUCUUAUUCCACGGACGUUCUCGGGGUUCAGCUCUACAGACAGACAUGUGGCAGAGAGGAUGAGACACCACCUCAACUUUGACCCGAACUCAGCCCCCGGGGUGAGUCGGGUGUACGAGUCGGUGCAGACCAGCGGGCCCAUGGUGGUCACCAGUCUGACGGAGGAGCUGAAGAAGCUGGCGAGGCAGGGCUGGUACUGGGGUCCCAUCACUCGCUGGGAGGCGGAGGAGAAGCUGGUGAACCUGGCCGACGGAUCCUUCCUGGUCAGAGACAGCUCGGACGACCGGUACCUGCUCAGUCUGAGCUUCAGGUCGCAGUGCAAGACUCUGCACACGCGCAUCGAACACUCCAACGGACGCUUCAGCUUCUACGAGCAGCCGGACGUGGAGGGACACACGUCCAUCGUAGACCUCAUCGAACACUCCAUCAGAGACUCAGAGACCGGAGCUUUCUGCUACUCCAGGUCUCGCUUACCGGGAUCUGCAACAUACCCCGUCAGACUAACCAACCCAGUGUCUCGGUUUAUGCAAGUGCGCUCCCUGCAGUACCUCUGUCGCUUCGUCAUCAGACAGUACACGAGGAUAGACCUGAUCCAGAAACUGCCCUUACCGAACAAGAUGAAAGACUAUCUGCAGGAGAAGCACUACUGAGGACGCAGAGACAGGACAGUGGUAGCAAUUUGCACUUUUGUGUUCAGUUAAGAGAUUUAAACAAGGUUUACAAACAACCACAGUUUUGAGACGAUGGUUCUGGUGGCUCUUGAUUUCUGUCAAUGUUUAGUCCUCCAUUCCACUGCUCUGGGUUUUUUCUCCACGCUGGUUUUAGGAGGCUCUACUCCCAGAAAAACAUAGUCCCGCACAUAAUCUAUUGCAAAAAAUAUAGAAGAGGUAUACAGCCAAGUUGUCUUAGAUGCAUACUCUAACGGCCCGUCCACACAGCGGCGUGCGUUGAAGCUUGCCGGCGGGGGGGGCUGAAACUCGACCAACAACCAAUCACAUGAAUCUCCCGCCCCGGACACACAAGCACGCGGUUCGAUUGGCUAGAGCUUGUACUGGCAUAUGAUUCGAUUGGCUGACGCUUCCGCCGAAGCUUCAAAAGUUGAACAUUGCUCAACUUUUGCAGCGAGCAACGCUUUUGAAGCUACGCUUCGCCCCCACAAUGCAGUUCGGCGAAGCGUGACGUCACCCCAUUCAAAGUGAAUGGGCAGAAGCUUCAACGCACGCCGCCGUGUGUAGGGGUCGUUAGUGCAGACAUAGGGAUGUAAGGUGAAGUAACAUCCAGCUGUUCAAAACAUAUUGCCAUUUGCUUUUAAGUUGAGCCUGUAGGGAACAUUCCUUAAAUGUUAUCCACCUAAUUGUACAUUUAAAGGAUGAAAAAGUAUUGCUACAAUUCCAUUUUUACAUCAAAUGUUAAACCUCCUGCAGACGGACACAUUUUGAUCAUCUCUUGCUCUUUAAUUCUCAUAUUUUUCUGCAUAACACGACUGAAAAUAAGAAAAGCACUCUGCAUCCAUACUAUGCAAUCAGUCUACAUAGGAUACACUUCAUGUUCACCAGAUUUUUGCUAAUUCACUAAAGUAACUACUCAGGUAUCAUCUGAUUUUUGAGUUGUUUCCUACCUUGUACAAUCAUGGACAUUUAUAGACAUGGAACAACACGUCACAUUAACAAUUGAAAAUGCAUCAAAUGGUAUAAAUCAGAGCCAUGUCCACUCCAUUUUCCUGCAAGAGAUGUCCAAAAUGUGCCGGUCUGAGAGGGUUGAAGCAGUUUGGUGAGAGGAGAAACUUUAAUUAGUGUGGCUGCAUGAAGCCACUAUGUAAUGUGCAAACCUAAAGGUACUGACAAUGCUGGAUUUUUAAUGUGCUGUUUGUAGGAACGGCAUCACCUAGAUGUGUAAACCUUUUUCUAAAUAUGUUACCAUUUAAAAGUUAAAUCUGUGCAUUAGGAAUGUUAAAACCGCAGCUCAGGCCUAACAACUGUUUCUGUGAUGCUCGUGUCUGCAUGUAGAAAAGGCUUUGUGGAGAUUCUCCAAAUGGAAGGAAACGUCUCGAUGGAAAGAGCUUGAGUGAUGUUGAAGUGCAACUCACUUAAGGCAGGUUAUAAGUAAAGGAAAGUGCCCUCAAUUGACUGAAAUCAGAAUGUAGUGAUGGCUGUUCUCUCUUAAACCGAGCUGGACAAAGAUCAGAGGAUUCCUGGAAAUAUUGUGAGAUAACGUGAUAUGAUUUUGGAAAGUCAGGGUCAAGUCCUCCUCGCCAUCUCGGAGCGAUGCCAGGGUUUCAAUAAAGCUCCACCACAGCUGCAUGGCAUCAUAUAGGCCUCAAAAACAUUAGAUUUGUAGCCAUAGCUUAUUCACACUGUCCCCACAGAUGGUCUGUACUAAAGGGAAGAGCACACAGAAUGCUACGCAAGUGCUUUAUAUGGAUACUUUGACAGGGAACUUCACACAAUGAAUGACAACUGUUUUGGAAAAUGGACAACUUUUGGUAGGUCGUUAGCGCAUAGUUCUAGUUUUAGAAACGUCCGUGUCUGAGGAAGUAAAUCCAGCACAGCAGAAUUAGAUAGGAACUUUGAGGAACGGUGUUGCAUGUUUAAAGACUUUUUGAAGCUUUGAGGAGUUGUAUAGGAAUGAAGGAUCUAGGUCGAGUGUUUGGCUGUGUCGAGGGAGGGUUUUCUGUCGCAAACAUUGGCUGGACAUUCUGUGUAAAACAAAUGUAUUCUUUUCUUUUUAGGAUCCGUCUGUGAGUUUGUUUUGUGACAUUUGCCAUCUGGGGGAUUGGGCUGUACUUAAGGAAUGUACGCUUGUUUGAGGUGAUCAUUUUAUCCGCCUGCAGAUAAACAGUUUUUUUAGAAAGCAUGAGAAUCACACACACAAAAAAAAAUUACAUUUUUUGCACUUGAAAAUUCUCCACUGACAAGCUUUGGAUGCUCUCCUGCCUCGAGUUGUCCUUCAGAUGGCAUUUCUUUUGAAAGAAAUAAAAGUCACACAUUUGUCCUUCUGUGUUCAUAUACGUGUUUAGAUCAACAGCAGAUUGUUUGUGUCAUAUCUUGGGAUAUAAAGGGUAGCCAGCGUCAUAUCGAAGCCCCUGCUAACUCACUCAAAGGAACGGGAUCAUGGAAACAACGUGGAUGUAAAUUUGACUUUUAUUUCGUGUGUAUUUGUUUCAGUUGAAAUGUGAAAGUAAAAUGUUAGUCUUUUUUUAAUACAAUGUUCUUUUAAUUGAGUUUUAAUUUGUCAGAUUUCGACACGCAGGAACCAGUGUGGUGUUGCUGCUGGGACUUUUUCUAAAAUACUUACUAUUACUCAGCAUUAUUGCCUUCAAUGUUUGAUUCCAGAGGUUGAUGCUUGUUCCGACUGCUGAAGCAUUUUGGAUUAAUAACAGCACUUAACAAGCAACAACGUUUUAUUUUCUGCAUCUCCGUGAGUGAAGGUGAUUGUUUACAACAUGAGUUCAAUAUUCCCAUUCUUUUUCUUUCUUAUGUUCUCCCUCUCUCACUCUCACACGAACAUCUUGGUACAAUUUGAACUUUCAUUUUAAUGUGUUAUACACAUUUGUGCUGCUUUAUAAGGAUAUGAUUGCCUUUCUUGUAUUUAACAACGGGGAAAUAGAAUGUCACCAACGUAGAUGUGUGUAAACAUAAUGACUUUUGUUAUCGUCUUGGGAGAGCAACGCAGAUUUGCAAUUUGUUAACAACUGUAGUCGGUUAAAGGAGCAUUAGUAGCGAUUAGCAAACCCUCUGUAGAGUUACCAGUUCACUCCAGUUUACAUCAACUUUCCAAAGUAGAUGCUCUUUUUGUAUUUUUCUUUUGGAAAAAAAUCAACAGUGAUUUAUUGCACACUUUGGAUACAGUUCAAGAGUUUUUUGUAUCUGCCAAGUAUAAAUUAUAAAUAAAACUAUAUUCUAAAAAAA